ACCAAGAAGCGACGUUCCGGCGGCCGUAACAAGAAGGGACGUGGCCAUGUUGUCUUCCUUCGUUGCUCAAACUGCUCGAGGGCUGUCGCAAAGGACAAGGCCAUCAAGAGGUUCACUGUCAGGAACAUGGUCGAGUCUGCCGCUGUUCGUGAUAUCAGCGAGGCUUCCGUCUACCCUGAGUACGUGAUCCCCAAGCUGUACAUCAAAAUCGCCUACUGUGUCUCGUGCGCCAUCCACUCGCACGUUGUCCGUGUCCGCUCGCGUGAGGGUCGCCGCAACCGCGCUCCCCCUCCUCGUAUCCGGUGGAAGGAUGGAAAGAAGGUCAACCCUGCUGUUGCCGCCGCGGAGGACGCUAAG